AUGAUACAAUUAAAGUUGUUACUAGUGUUCUAUUUUAUUUUGGUUAUCAUACAUAUCAAAUCAAAAGAUGACAAUAUACUUGUUGAAGCAGGAGAACAGUUAUCACAUCAACAGGAAAAUUCUAUCGAUAACUCGUUAACUGAAGGAAUUUAUAAAAAAGCAAAGAAAUUUGUUUCUGAUAUAGAAAUGGUUGGUGAAAAAAUUGUGGAUGCAAUUAAACCUAAAGUUGGAAAAGUUAAUUUUGACAUAGAUGAUGAUGAUGUUGAUGGUGAUGAUGAUGAUUCUAUUGAUACAAUAUCUGAGAAAGCUUCUAAAAAAAUUAUAGAUGGUGCUAAGAAAGUUGUAAAUUUAGUAGAAAAAACGGGUAGAAUUGUUAUUAAAAAAGGGACUCGUAAACCUUUAGAUGAAUUUUAA